AGCCCGCUACUACAAGGGCAACGGCUUCAACAACAAUGCGACACGCAAAUACUGCAAACAUUGCAUCUGCAAUGCACGCAACGCCAACAGCAAUAGCACACAUAUCAACUGCACUAGCAGCAGCAGCAACAACAAUAAUAGCAACAACAACAUUGGCAACAUGGACGUAUCCAUGUUAAAUAUGUCACAGGAGGAUUUGGAUGCCGCACAAAUGUAUGCAAUCCAUGGCGAACGAUUCUUUGAGAUGCCCAUGGGCCGUAGAUAUCGGCGCAGUUUGUAUCCAUCAUCCGGAGCAAUAAUGUCACAAGCGGUUACGCCAGCAACAUCACAACCAGCAGCAACACGACCACCGACACCACCAACCAGCGACAUGUACGCCAGCAAUGGACACUUUAACACUUGGCAAACAACACCAAUGUCGCUGUAUUCAAUGCAAGCAACAACAACAACAACAACACCACCAUCGACAACACCAACACCACCAGAAUCACUGCAGAGCCAGAAUCAGCGUCAAAUGACGGCGCCAGUUUGCACCGAUUCCAAUCUAUAUACGGCUAACUUUCCGCCCUUGCCGGCGCCAAAUCAGAAACGCCACAAGGAUUAGAUUGCCAUAUAUACAUACAUACAUGCAUGAGGCGAGGGGAUUUCUCAGUUUCUCACUACACCAAUAAACAAAUUCUCCUCACUUUGCAUGCCUCUCAUAUUAUAUUUACAGACACUGGCUUCGUUUGUUUCAUAUGAAAGUCACUCUUGUUUAUCGUACAUUCCACAUUAAUUGACACCACCACCUCAGUUUUCCAUUUCGUAUGUACGUUAAAAUUCAACUGCUUAUAAACAAAAAUAUUUUGUAUAUAUUUGUUUUUUUUUUUUUUGAGUUAAAGUUUCGGUUAUUAUUAGUUGGCUAGUAUGUAUUUGCAAUUACCCCAUACAUUUUAUUAUAUCAAAUUAAUGUUUUUUUAA